GACAGAACAUCUAUCCUGGACAUCAUUGAGGUGUGAUCCCAUGUUAAACAUCACAUGGGAUACCUCUCCGAGCAGGACUGCAUGUAAUUCGGACAAUUUACCUUGAUGGAGAUUUAAUUGUGUUUAAGUAUUUCGUUUCGUAAUUUGAAAUCCUUCCAUUUGCCAUAAUGAACUUUUGCACUCUCCUUCUAGGAUUUUUAAUGACACUUUUGAUAUAUGAAGAUUUAUGCGGAGUGAACGCUAAUCAUUUAAGUGGAAACAGUAACCGCACGUUAGCAAGAAAUGGUGGAAGGCUGGGGACAGCGAGAAGGGCGGACAGGCUAGCGACGUCCCGGAGGACAGUCGGCACAGAAACCCUUAGGAGAACAGCUUCUGGUAGAGUCAUCACAUCCCGAAGGAAUGUUGGGACUACUAACACACGUGUUGGAGCAGCCAACUCACGUGUAGGUCCUGCCAAUACACGUUUUGGCAUUGGUGACACACGUGGUAGCGCAAAUGCACGUGGUGGAGCUAACGCACGUGUUAGACCUACGAAUACACGUCUUGGAACAGCCAACACACGUGUCGGAAUAGCAAACACACGUAUUGGAACUGAGAACACACGCCUUGGAUCUGGCAAUACACGUGUCGGAAUAGCAAACACACGUGUUGGAACAGAGAACACACGUCUUGGAUCUGGAAAUACACGUGUUGGAGUAGCCAACACACGUGUUGGGACAGAGAAUACACGUGUUGGAAUUGCUAACUCACGAGGACGGGGAGUACCAGGCACGUCACCCAGUGCGUUGGACAAUGCCAGAGUUAUACUUACUCCCGUACAGCAGGGCGCAGUGAGGUCCAUGAGAAACUUGCUUCAGAAUGGCAGAUCAGCAACAGGAAGGGGAAGCAAUCCGAGACUCAUAGGCUUUCUAAUCCCUCGAUCUGAUGGAAGAACACAGCUACAGCUAAUGCCAGACGCACGUCGCUUUCUUGGCGGGGACAUCAGGAGAUUCAACGGAGGAGUGCGACCGCAGGUACAAAGAAACAGCACAUUACCUCUUAAUCUGCGGACCAUAAUAAAUGCUGCCCGACGGGCUAAUCUUCUACCGAGACAGUCCGCUGGAGGCUCAAGAAAUCCGGCUGCCGGACGUGAACAGUCUAUUGUUGUAUUACGACCAAGAGAUGGUGAGACAGGCGGUUUGUUACAAGCACCUGGGAACCUAAGGAGCGGUAGUGUGAGAAACCAGAUUCUCGAGGAACGGAAUAACGCGUUUAGGAUUGACAGAAACCGCAUGGACAGGCUAGACAGAUUUACAACCACCCGUCCUUUAGACCGCGGCUCUCGGACAAGAUCUCGCCCAAGUGUUGCUAUCCAGGAAGCAAAUCGUAUAGACCAAUCUAAUAGAAGGAAUGCUGUCGACCAAUCGAGAUCAGGCAGGAGAACGAUUGCAGUGGCGCGAGAUCGAAAUCCAUUACCUUCAGGUGUUGAUCAGUUUACUAACCCUGGACCAGAUCCUAACCAAUUCGUAUCAAACAAUACCCCAAAUCCUAGAACUAAUGACGCAUUUGUAGACACAGCAACUCCACCACUCCAGGAUAGAACACUCUUCCGCCCGAGUAGCGUAACUAACAUUAACGACCUACCAGUAACACCAUCACCUCAAACCAUUAAUACUGAUCCUCUUGAAGUCUUCCCAGCACCUAUAAAUACACAGGCAACAGCUACACAGACUCCUAUGCCAAAUAACGAAGGGUUUGCAAACACAGUAUUUCAAGCUGCUUCUGAUACUCAGUCAGUACCACAUACUUCAGAUAGGAAUGCUAAUAUCCAAACUGUAGAUGCUAUUGCUAUUGGCUCACAGAGAGACAAUAUGAGGUUUGAACAGUCUCCUGUUAUUGGUACUUCCACGGAUAUGCAAGCAAAUUUCCAAACAAAUACGCAGACAAAUGCACAAACAAAUAUACAAACAGACAUGCCACCGAUACAACCACAGUCAUCGACCUCUAUCCAAACAGGAAUUGAAUCACAAGGGAAUAGGCAAACAGUUAUACAGCCUGCUUUUACUCCACAACCCGUUUUUAAUACACUAGAUAGUCUACAACCAGACACGACGCAGACUUUAGCUCAAACUAUUUCUGAUCAACAAACAGUGUUUGAUCCAUCAAUAAAUAUCCAAAAUAACAAUAUAAUGCUAUCUGAAAGCACUUCAUCAUCCGUUCUUGACGCACCAAUUAGUAUGCAAACUGCUACAACGUUACAACAGACACCUUCAUCUCAACAGACGAUAGUUGACACAUCAAUGACUUCACAAACAAAUGAUAUGAAUAAUAUAAUGCAAACUGAUUUUUUAUCGAGACCAAUCGUAGGUACGUCUACAAGUACGCAGACGGGUGUAUCCCAAAACAUUUUCGAUACUCCCCAAACAGGACAAGUCAAUGUCGAGACCACAGUAGGUACAGGGAUAUCUCCAAAUCAAGCUCCGGAUACUACCAUAAUCACGCGUACACAGGCUGUGCAACCACAAAACAACAUGAAUUUCAUACACGACGCUGGCAACGUGGUUGAUAGCACAAUGUUACUUCCACCUCCUAUCCUUCCCGCAUCUUCAGGGCCUGCUAAUGUCAAUACACCGUUAGAUCAGAAUAUUGCUGGACAGAUCGACCAGUCAAUGUUCAAUCCCGUUCAAACAGGCAGUGUAACAAGUACCACAAACGAUAUUCUGGCCAAUAUACAAGCAUUAGAUCAACAGGCUAGUAGCAUGAUCAACAGCCAGUUUGAUCAGAGCCAAUUUGCAAACGCUGCCACAGCAAACAUUGCUAAUAAUCAAAUUGCUGUUAACAGCCAACCAGGCAUACAGAGUCAGUCUUUUAACCUUGAUGCUAUCCCCCCAACACAAACAGAUACACUGCCACCAAUCCAAAAUAAUGCAAACCUAGGUCAAUUCACAUCUAACGUCAUAAAUAAUGCCAUAGAUGGCGUCCAAACACAGCAGGAGGGUCAACUUGUCAAUGCUAAUUCUCCUAGUGUAGACCCAAUUGUCGGACAGAUUGAAAACAUAGGACUAGUGAACAUGCAAAAUCAAAUUUUGGAUCAGAAUCUAAUACAAAGCCAAAAUAUACCAUCUACAAACAUUCUGCAGAAUGAAAUCACAAACCGGAAUGCAAUUGGAAGCACCAACACAAUUUCAAUGAAUACACAAGAUGCCUUUGGUAUAUCUCAAGGAAGUGGACAAAUGGACGUUCUGAAUACAAUUCAAGGCCAGUCAAAUAUGAGAAAUCCUAACUUUGUUACAAUUGAGAUCACAGGGCAAACAAAACAACAGGGCGAUGUUACCGGACAAACUGGUAUACAUAAUUCAAAUAUAGUAAAUACACUAAAUACAAUACAAAACAAUAACCUAAACAACAAUUUACCAACAGACCCCUUUUUAACUCAAACGUUUGUGUCCAAUCCAGGAACUGCCAUAGAAAUGAACAAUAACAUAAACAACAAUUUACCAACAGACCCCUUUUUAACUCAAACGUUUGUGUCCAAUCCAGGAACUGCCAUAGAAAUGAAUUCUAACAGUGUUAUAAACCAGUUUCCUGCCCAACCAGAUAUUCCGAGCAACUCCAUUGGUGUAAAAUCGAACGUAAACCAAUCCAUGUCAGCUGGUGUGAUAUCAGGUGACAGAACUAUGAUUAUGAAUAGUAACAGUUUGGCAAGUGACUUGAUGACAGCAAAUCCUGUUCAAGUCAGUAUCCCAGAUACCACUUUAAACACUACCUCAAAACAGUCAUCAACUGCGACAAACAUUCAAACCGCAAUCGGCGAUCUUACUGUGACUUUAAAUCGAGCACUAUUAACUAAUAGCACAGGAGGACAAAAUAGUUUUCAAACGGCAAAUUUGCUAACUAAUACCACUUCAUCACAAACAUUUACUGAAAACCUUCAAAACCCCACUGCAGGUACGAACACAAUAGCGUCUUCUAUUAACCCGUCAUAUACAAUAUCAGCAGCAACGGACACCAAUUUGAAUGUAAAUCCGGAACUGGUAGCAAAUGUUGUCGCAAGUGCUAUUCUCGAUACCACCAAUCCUGUACAACCUGCUCAAUCAGGACCAGGUCCUGUUUUGACACGAGUUGAAAUAACAAAUCAAUCUGCGAAUAAUCCCCCACCUCCAAUCUUACCUCCGAAUAUAGAAAGUGGUUCUAAAACCGUAAUAAACACUUCUAUUGGAACUGGAGAAAUUAACUCAGCAGCAAAUAAACUCAGCUUUCCACCACAAGAACAAAUAAUCAAAUUAGCCCCUGUAGAAUUACCGGCUUCAUCAAUUGUAUUACCAAACAACACAGCUACUAUACAGAAUAAUGCCCCCUUUACACCACAAGCUCCAAAUGUCCCCAUGGACCUACCGACUCUUAAAACAACAUCUCAGGUUCUAAAUAUGGACACAGUUUCUAUAACUAAUUCCGCAUCCUUUGGCAAAGGUACAUUAUUGACUAACGAAACUAAUGUCGUACCCUCAACGGUACCUUCCCAACCUCUACCGAAUGGCGCCAGCGUACCAGAACAAGUCACCGGCCUACCUGUCACAUCCUCAUUACCCGAUAUCCUUGUUGCCGCUGACGGCAAUACGGCAAACACACAAGUCCGCCAACAACGUAAUAUGACAGAAACUGCAAGCCAAUUAAUUGAACAUGGAGCAACGGCAUUCAAAACUGCUUCAGGCAUCACGGAUGUGGCAAUGCCAACAGCAGCUGUCAAGGCGCUUAUACAGACAAGUCUCAACACUUCAGGACUCGUUGGGAACUUGAAUAAAAUAAGUAAUACUUCUACAAAAUCGGAAAUGUUAGCAGCUGCAGGAGGAAUAGUUGAAAGUGCGCUUGCUAGCUCUAAGGAAACCCUAGGUAAGGCUUUGACGAACGCAGCACCAAAUAGACCGCAGAAUGUUGUGAUGGAUAUAUCGACACUUAAGACCCUCAUAUCUGAGGUGUUGAGUGAGUUUUUUUCGCACCAAUUUAACCCUGCUAAAACAGCUUUAACUCCCACAGCAGUCAUAAACACAGUAGCACAAGCAGUUGUUGAUGCACGAAAGUAUGCUUCGCCCUCAGCUUCAAAUUCAGCUUCAGGUGCAGUUCCAGGUCAGGAGCCGGUGCAGGCAAUCUUCACAACUUCACCACAGGCGCCGACGUAUCCGAAAGAUCCCAAGCUCGACUUUCCCCCACCCCCUCCGUUUGCUGGUAUGACCGAGAGCAUAAACAUUCCUAGAACUGAAAUUGUAGAUAUAAGGCCGAGUAAUGCCGUGGAAAACGUAUUUUUGUCCAGAUCUGCAAAUACCGAUCCCAUUAAUCCCGUUUUGAUAGGGGAACCAAAUCUAAAAAAUACUAACUCACCUGGGGGAUCCACCAUUGGAAAUAACAAAAUAACAAAUCAUCAGUCACGUAACAUUGCAUCUCCUAUCAUCGCCGUUAAUACUGCGACUAUGGAUAUCAAAAAGGACAAUCGCGGUUCUGGUACAAAACAGGUUAAAGCAAUCGGUAUUGCCGACGAUCAAAACAUUUUCAGUUCAACUAUCGUCAAAACCCCGAAUAUAGAUUCUCUACGAGUGAUAGCAGAGACCAAUGUUGUCUUUAAUCAAAACCUUAAUCAGGGAUUCCGAGAAAGUGGUAUUAGACAACCACUGGUGGGCGGUAAUGGCGCUGUUACAGCUGGUACUGUCUCUGAAAUAAGCACAAGGCGUUCUGUUGUCUCAAGAAAUAGUGCACGACCAAUUCCCAGUUUAUCAAACAUAAACAGACAAACGCCUUUAGUUAAUAACAAUAUGUUGACGGUAUUAGAUGGACAGAUGAAUCAGGUUAAUUCGCAAACAGGUUCGAGUGGACGUGCAUUGACAGCAGACUUUAACACAGGAAACCGUCAGAUAACCCUUGACAGGACGCAAAUAGCUCCUUCAUUGAGAAAAGCUGAAUUCGAUGCAAUACGAGGUCAGAUGGUAAGAAGAAGAACAGAUGGAGUAACCAAAGUUACAGCAGAUGAUCCUAAUUUCCUUGCAAAUAUACCAGACAGUCUUUUGUCUUCAUUCAAUAAUGACUUUACAAGUUUGUCACCAUUACUUAGGGUUACUAAAUCAACACCAUUGGCUUCCAACGACGUUCCCGUUUCUGGCAUCAAUACUCAUUCAACGAUGUCGAAAAUAAUAUCCACACAAUCAAAUUUCCAAGGAACAACAAAUCAGUUCACGAGAUCCAAGAUGACGACACCAUUCGGCCGUCUAAGUACUCGUAGACCGCUAAGGACAACAUCCAAUUCCUUGUCGGCAGAGAAAUCAACCGGAUUUGGGGGACAGAGAACAUCAACAUCCCCAUUUGUGGAUGCUGGAGGUGUUAGCGUUGCUCCCUCUACAUCAAAUAUGCCUUUGUUUCGAUCCACGUUUUCUGGGACCUCAGUUACACGCAAACCUUUAUUUUCCACUACCAGAACAAGACCGCCCGUGGCUAGUUCGGUUACCAACCCAAGAAUGAUAAAUACUGGAGUUACAAGGAGUGUUCGAACCUCUGGUUCAUCCUCACAGCCACUUUUGUCCAGCACUGUAACACAAAGUAGCCAAUCCACCCAAGGGGCACCCUCAUUUGGCUUUGAUCCUUCGAAAAGUUUUGGACUGCUUGGUCUACCGCCACCACCGCCGUCAGAUCUGAUGGAAAUGAACGCUACGGCUUCCAUAGCGGACACUGCCAUAUCUAGUUCACAGCUAUCCCUUAUGAAUAUAGGAUCCUCCCCAACAAGUGUUCGUACAAAUCGGCUGUCGCUAUCUACAUUACAACCGAGUGUUACAGUAGAUCCAUUUUUACGAUCCAGCACCAUCCGACGUUCGUCUCCAGCUGUUACCUCCGCGAUGAACUUUAAUACUCCGUUGGUGUAACACGCGAUGCGCUCAUUGUCUGCCGUGUUGAAUGCGUGUAUUUAUGUAUAAAUUCACAACAUAUUGUGUGUAUGUGUGUGUAUGUAUGUGUGUGUGCGUACAUAUAUAUUAUCUUGAUGUAGAUAUGUACAGAACACCUAUCAUUUAAUGUAAAUAACAUGAUAUGUCUUUAUCAAAAUACAUUUUUACUGUCUGUGUUUCAUUGUUGUCAACAAGCUGUGGGAGAUAUUGCUUCGCUUUCUUCACUACUAUAAUGUAUUCUCAGGUAUUUUGUAACAGUUAUGAUGCUGCUUUUUAUAUUUCUGUUUUAAAACGAAAUCCCUCAAACUUAUUUUUAACACUGAAAUGCAAAACUAUAUGUUCUAUAUGUCUUUUGCUAUUUGCAAUUCCAAAAUAUUUCUAUAUUUCUAAUAUACAAAAUUGUAGGUUCUGUGUAAUUCUGUCCGUGUUUCUUGUUUUGUUAACUUCAUCAGUCAACUCUAAACAUUUUCACUGUUUAAACAAUAUCCCACUUUGCCUUUCGUAUCAUUAAAUAUUUCAUUCUAAA